UUUGAGGCAAGAUCUCAUCUCCCUCUCUGUUUUUAUAUAUGCUUCCAAUCAGUUGAAUUUUUUAAUGCUUUGCUAUAUGGAGCUUGGAGGAUUUAAUUCAAAGGAUAUAUGUACUCUAAGUCCAAACACGAUUAAAUUAUUAGGUUUCUGCGGUAGAUUAGGUUCCUCUCCACACACCCUCUAUAAGAUCUUCACAUAAGUAUCUGGAAAUUUUAAUCUGUUUGAUGGAUUACUGGAUUAAGAGGAGGUUCUGAAUCGGUCUGAUUAGGAGCCUUUGGUUCACCAUUUUUUCGCACCUCUUAAUGGAGUGGGGAUCAUCUGGUCAAGAUACGAGGGUAAGUCUGAACGACUCUGAAUGGAAAUUUUGAUAACAUUGCCCUUUUACCCAAAUACCCUUCCAUCGCAUUCUCGCAUCACAACCAUUACAAGCUCCCAUUUUUUUUCUUCUCCUUGCUUCUCCAGUCCACUACCGUCGCUGCCUUCAACCUCGACGUCUCCCACCGCCGUCCUCCUCCUUGCCUCCGUUGAUCUCCUCUCAUUAACAACCGCAAGCGCCGGCGAUUUUCUUCCUUGAACCUCGACGCCUCCACCAUAGUCUUCCUUUCUCUUUAGAGUUGAACACCACCACGAUAGAUAGCUUUCAUUUUCAGGAUCUGCUCUUGUUUCCUUCUCAAAGAACAACCGUUAUACCAAAUCGCACUUUACUUCUUCCAAGAAAUUAGGGUUUAUUUUCCACGUUAUAAAGUUUUCAGAAUAUUUGUUUGGAAGACACAAAAUGCACCCUCCUUUGACGUUACAUAGGCACCCAAUGUGUGCUGAAAUAAUUGAACAGUUUCAGAAGUGCCACCUGGACCACCCUUAUGCAAAAUUCUUUGGUGAGUGCACAGAUCUCAAGAUAAAGCUCGACAAGUGUUUCAGACAGGAAAAAGCUGUGAAGAGGAAGGCAAAUUUUGAAGAGAGUAAGAAACUGAAAGAGAGGCUACAAGCUUAUAGGAAAGAAGCUGCUGGAACUGAGAACAUCAUGUAAUAAGAUAAAACCCUAGAUAAAUUUUUCAAAAGUGGAGCAUGGAAUGAUACAAAUACAAUUCAUUAAAUAACAAAAUUGAUUUUCAUAUA